UCCCUGUAAGUCGCAUUGCCAAAACGAAGUCAAUUUUUAUUCGAGUUCUGAGUUGAGAGCUAUCCAAACAUAUACAAAUUUGUGAUUUGGUGAAAAUGGAGGCCCACGGCUUGUGUUUUUACAUUAUAUUAUUCUGCAUAGUUUCUAAUAGGCAUGCCGUGCUGUGCACACAUGAAGAAGACAGUUGGAUUGAACCGGACGCUUGGGGACGUGAACAAUCACUUCGGAAUUCUCAUCAAAAAAACGAUUUGGAGAAUGGGGAAUCCACGUCAGAUUCCAAGUGCAACGUCAUAAUUGGCAGCAGCCACAGUACAGACACCGUCACAUUGAUGUAUUACAAGAGGCUCAUUGCGUAUUUGUUUAAUAACGAUUCGCUCAAGUACGAUAAGGAGACUGGGAAAUACAGUCGUGCAAUCAUACUCACCGUCCUUCCCGGUCAAUUAGAAAGAUUAACGAGUUUAAACGAUCCACGCGACUUGGAUAGUGUUCUAACUCAAAUCCUAACAAAAGCGAGAGAACCUAAUCAAGAUGAUUGUUACUACUGCAAUGGCCGUUCUGGAUAUGGUAGUAUGGGCAUUUUUGACCUUAUUUGGGAUAUCAUCAAGGAUGUUGCGCAGCUAUUGAAAGCUUCCGAGGUUCAAUUUCUGCUGGGAGCAGCUGGUUUGGUAAUGAUUGGAUGGUACUGUCAUCGAAAAUAUAAUAUCGGCAUUAUUUCCAUGAUUAUUGGUGCUGUAAUUUGUUUUGGAUAUUUCCAUACAUAUUUGGAGUGUAAUCGUAAACUGGAAGCUGAACGUUUAUUGGAAAUGCUUGCACGUCAUGAGCAACAGGAACCGUCGGAGCCCAGUUGGUACAGAUCGAUUGUAAACUUUUUUACUUCCAGCGAACAAAGAGAGAAACAAGCGAAGAAGGAAUAUAUAAAGCAAUCGAGUCAACUGAAUUUAGGUUUCUGUCGUCCCGAUCAUGUUUUCCUGAUGUAUGCAAAUGAUUUGUUCCUAAAGCAGUUGGGAUUUUUAAUGGAUAAAUGCGCAGAAACUAUGGAAGUACUUAAAGACAACUUAACCUUUCCCUUCAACUAUUUGGCAUCUGUUCUCUUGGUGGUUUUGAUUGGCUAUAUUGUAAAACUGACUUUCAAGUACAUACUAAGUCCCCGUGCUUGGGCAGGUGUAUGGCAGGCACCUCAAAUAGGUAUACGCACGCCACAUCAUAAUGGGCUUCCCACAGGUACGGCACACCAUGAAGAUCGUCUUUCGGGCGAAAACUUAAGAAUGCUUUUGAAUGCCAUUAGCGGCGGCACGACGACGUCGAACAAGAUUACAAUCAGCAAUACAACUGUCACAGCGCCCUUGACGGAAUCACCGGAAACGACUUCUGGGGUACAAGAGAUACUACUCUCCUUAGAAAACGGUAGUAAUGCUGAUACUGCAUCGGACGAGUCGUCCAUGUCAGAGGCAGCAGCACAGAAGUCAAAGCACAACUCGCCACACAAGCAAGUAGAUGAAACCGAUAAUAAUAAUGGAGUUGAAAAUCAAUUUGAUGUAUCAGAUGACGGUGAUAAGUCAAAAACAGUUAAUGGCGUUUUUUGUUCUACAAAAAAAGUUGCCUAUCCAUUGCCAUAUCCUUAGUAUUUGUGCGUAAGGCACUGUGAAGGCAAAAUUUUUUAGUAGAAAGGAAAAUGCCAUAGGCUGCAGUAUGAAUUGUAUGAAAAAGCGUAGCAUUUGUAUUGCUAUUGCUAAGACAUUGGUUUUUACAAUUUAUACUUUCUAUUUAUUUAAAUGAAAUUUUUUUCCUUAGAUGCAUCGCAACAAAAAAGAUUAAAAACGCUUAAGUGGUUUAAGGUAUUCACUAAAUUUGUAUUCAGUAACGCCGCCAAGCGAAAGUCAGUUAAUUAAUUUUAAUAUAAUAUAAGAAGGCAAAGUAAGAUAUUGUAAGUUACUGCAACGUAACCAAGUAAAGUAUAAAAUAGUGUGAUACGCGUAUAUUGUGUUAAUGCUAGAAGCUAUUUUUUUAUUAUUUCUGAACAAAUAUUGUAACUAUUUUAAAAAGAAAGGCAACUAUAAUUGUGUGUUACCUCGAAUUUAGCAAAAAAACGCAAAUAAAAGUGAAUUAAAAUGGUAAUACUACUUUUGGAUUGUCCAUCAAAUAACAAACAACGUUAAAUUUUAAUUCGAUUAUUAGAUUUUUAUUUCAACUAUUAUUUUUAAAUCUGUUUGUCACAAUGUUUAAUAUAUGUAUAUUUAUGUUUCCAUCUGUUCAUAUGUGUUUAGAUAAGUCUAGUAUUCAUGUGAGGUGUAUGUAUAUUUACCGCCAUUAAGUACAAUACACACGUACGCUUUGCUUAAAAUCUUUCCAUGUAGGUAUCGAUAACAUAUGUACAUACAUAUGUUUUAUGAUUUCUGUUAUACAUAUACAUAUGUAUGUAUUUGUUUUGUAUAAGUUUUUCUUAUGUUAUUUAAUUGUUUGCGUACUUAAAUUCAUUUAUUUCAAAUAUGCAUGUAUAUAGCAAAUAAUGCGCUUUGCUUAAUCUGUAUACAACAGCUUUAGAAAAAAAUAUAAUACUUAUGUGAGUGUGCUUUUAUUACUUCUAAAUAUGUUAAAUAUGUAGUACAAGUUGUUUUAAUUUUACAACGCUUUUAUUUAUAUAUAUGUAUAUUUGCAACCACUUACAUUCAUACAUAUUAUCAAAUUCAAUAAUUAUGGCUUGAAAUCUAUGAAAUGCAGAGCCAGCGAAUGCGUUAAAGCACAAAUGAAAUAUUACGUACUUAACUUUUACAUGCAUGUCGAUCAUAAAUAAAAAAUGCAAUUGCAAGAUUUCACAUUUUACUAUACUACAUUUUUAAUGCUAUUGCGUUUGCCUACUACUCUCCAUCACUAUUACGAAAAAUCUACAUAUGCUGUUUUUAAUUAUAUAAUGUAUAACUUGUAUUUUCCUUUUGUGUAUAUAAUUUUUGCAAUUUAGAAUUACAUACAUAUAAAUUAAUAUUCUAUUUAUUCGUUGUAUUUUAAAUAAGUUAGUGUGAUGUUACAUACAUAUCUUCACGAGCAUUUAUCCGGUAAAAUGUUGCGUACUGUACGGAUUCGAUUCGUGGCUGUUUUCCGAACAAAAUUUGAACAUAACAUCACACUUAUUAGAUUUUCUAAACCCUAUCUUUUACUAUUAUUAUUAUUGCGAAAAUGCGAAAUGCUGAAUACCUUUUACCUUUUUUUCUAAAAAUGAAUAGCUGUUGCAAUUAAAAAAGGGUAUCACCAUGGGAAGUAAAUAUGUUGUUAUUAGCAACUGAUACCUGCUGCUGGUAUAAUAAAAACAAAGUUUUAAUUUCUGUGCAUUUAUUUAAGCAAUUACUUUAACUGCCUUAUCUAUUACGAGUGAUUCGUAGGCAGACGUCAUCGUUCCUCCUUGCAAUUUUGUAACUCUAUCGUUCGUGUUUGUCUUGCUUUACGACUAUUACGUUCAACUCGUCACGCCAAGUGCAAUAGUUAUGGUGGGCAUCUGGAUCAACAAUUACUCACUGAAAAUUCUUACAAAAGUUGUAUUUUUUAUAAAAUGCUAAAAACGAAUUUUCGUCCCAUAUAGUGGGCUGUGGUUUAGCGAUUUAUUUCUUCAACCUAAGUACCAAAUCUGUGUUUAUUAUUUACUAGCAGGCCCGGCGAACUACGGCGUACGCCCAAAUUGAAUUUUUUUUAUCGAAACAUUUUGGUCCAACAUUUGCACCAACAAUUCACAUUCGCGAUUUCCAGUGGACAUUUAUCUGCUAAGAUUAUGGUUUGGUGGACGUCAAAAGCAAUAUUUCCAUUGCCCUCUCAAAUAACCUAACGAAACUGUUAUGUACGUGAGGAAGUUCUUGAAAUUCUCCACACGCGCUUCAUAGCACAGUUAAUCGCACAACGAAAUAAAUUCGAAGAACUUUUUCCUCUUCACUCCCUGACAGCAACAAUGAUCCGAUCGAUGGUUAAUCUGUCCUCGAAACUACUACAUAGUACGGUGGUUGGUGAGUAUCGUUGUUCAACAUAUAUCUUUUUUCAGACGGAAUACCUUAAAUGUCUUCUCAAGGAGCGCAAGGGUGGCUUAUUUAACGGUGGUAAUUUAAAAUUGACUUCCAGGCAAUUAAAUCCUGGUGUCUCCGAGUGAAGCUUUAACGCAAAGUAAUAUUGUCAAA